AAGGAUACAAUUUAAAUGCUAAAGUUUCUCUUACUGAAGUUGUAAAUGCUAAAGUUAUAGAUACCGAAUCGCAAUUAACAGAUAUUUCAGGUGAUACAAGUAUACCUUUUGUAAAAGAAAUAGAAAUAGUUGAUGAUAAAUCAGAUAUAACUAUUUCAGAUUAUUAA